CAAUCCAUUAAGACAUAAGAUAUCCAACGAACCAAAACCGCUCGUUAGCCCUACUAUCGCUAUUACCCCGCUUAAGACGUCAAGUUCUUCCCUUUGGACAGCUUCAGUCGUUUAACAUAGACCAUCAAAAUGCGUUUCUUGAACAUUGUUAUCUCGAUGAUGGCGUUCGCCGUUACAGCGCUGGCCAUCACAAUCACCCAGCCUCAAAAUGGCGACCAGGUGGACUUCAGCAAGCCCUACACCAUUAAGUGGACGACUGUGGCAUCUGACCCUUCGAACUUCACCAUCAUGCUGGUCAACAUGAACAGCCAGCCCACUGUCAGCAAAAAGAUCGCCAAUGUCAAGACAUCGGAUAGCAAAUACACCGUUGACAAGGUCGUCGGAAUUCCGGUUGCUAAUGGCUACCAACUCAACGCCGAAUCCAAUACCACCCAUAACACCGGCAUCCUGAGCCAGUCGCAGCAGUUCAAUGUGACCAAGGUUGGCAAGGCUGAAACAACUUCAGCCACCACCAGCGCCACCCACACAGCUGCUGCGUCUACCUCCUCAUCUGCCGGAUCUGCCGCGUACACGGGCACGCUUCCUGGCUCCGCCGCCGUGAUCGGUGCGCUCGCAAUGGGCGUAAUUGCCGAGAUUCUGUAAGUGAAAGAAACAGGCACUUCGAAGUCGCACAAGCCGGUCAGCGAAGCGAUCGAUAAAUCCGAAUCGAACCAACCCGCACGACACGACUGCGACCCUCGUAACCUCGUUUCUCUCGAAUGACGGACUCCAAAAUUAGGACAUGACAUGCAGGCCAACCGAGGCAGCUUCAAGUUUCAGCGAUGAGUGUAGUACUAUCUGCUACUUGACCUUUUUCUUUUCUCUUUUCUUCACUUCCCCUCACACCGUUUCCCUCCCCCCGCUUUCCUUUCCCUUCCCCUCGUUCCUUUCUUAUUGUCUAUCUUUGACAUCUUUCCACGAGUGACGUGAUAUUGGUACAUUAUGUGGUUUCCCUUGAUGAUACAUAGUUUAAAUGCGCAG